UGUAUAUUUAUACAGUAUUAGUUAAAAUAAGUUAAAUGUGUCUGCUGCAGUGAUGAGCAAAAAUGUUAAAGAUCGAUUUAAAUAUCUUGAUGAGUUAUAUAAAAAACCUCCUGGAAUUGAGCGUGAAGUAUUCAGUGUUGAAACAUUAUUGGAUAUCUUAGUUGUGCUUUAUGAUGAGUGCAAUACUACUCAACUGAGGAGAAACAAGCAUGUUGUGGAUUUCUUAGAAAUCGCAAAACCAGUAGCAAACCGCAUCAAGAAUUUGCGCCUGGCAAGAGAUGAUUUUGAUACAUUAAAUAUCAUUGGUCGAGGAGCAUUUGGAGAGGUAGCUGUUGUUCGCAUGAAAUCAACAAAUAAGAUUUUUGCAAUGAAAACAUUAAACAAGUGGGAAAUGUUGAAAAGAGCAGAGACUGCAUGCUUUCGUGAAGAACGAGAUGUUUUGGUAUUUGGAGAUAGUCGUUGGAUCACUAAACUGCACUAUGCAUUUCAAGAUACUAGCAAUUUGUAUUUUGUCAUGGACUACUAUAGUGGUGGAGACCUUUUGACUUUGUUAGCCAAAUAUGAAGAUCACAUACCUGAGGAAAUGCUUAAAUUCUAUGCUGCUGAAAUUAUUUUAGCAAUUGAUUCAAUACAUCGUAUGAAAUAUGUGCAUCGAGACAUCAAGCCUGAUAAUGUACUUUUGGAUUACACAGGGCAUGUCAGGUUAGCAGAUUUUGGUUCAUGCCUUAAAAUUGCGGAUAAUGGUUAUGUUGUUUGUUCAGUUGCUGUUGGAACACCAGAUUAUAUCAGUCCAGAAAUUCUUCAGGCUAUGGAAGAUGGAAAAGGACAAUAUGGAGUUGAAUGUGAUUGGUGGUCACUCGGUAUUUGUUGUUAUGAAAUGAUAUACGGGGAGACACCUUUUUAUGCAGAAUCUUUGAUAGAAACCUAUGGAAAGAUUAUGGAGCAUAAGAAUAAGUUUUCAUUCCCAGAUGAUAUUGAAGUUUCAGAUGAUUGCAAAGACCUUAUGUCUAGACUUAUUUGUGAUGUAUCAGAAAGACUUGGAAAAAAUGGUAUAAAAGAUUUUAAAUUGCAUCCAUUCUUUAAAGGCAUUGAUUGGGAUAACAUCUACAAAUGUAAACCACCAUAUGUUCCCGAAUUGGAUGGAGAAACAGAUGUUUCAAAUUUUGAUGUGGAUGACUUAAAUGAAGCAAAAACUAAGGAAUUUGCCCCUCCUCCAUCUAAUCAGGUGUUUACUGGACUUCAUCUGCCAUUUAUUGGCUUUACUUAUACUAAAGACAGUGUGUUGUCAGAUUCUGGAGAUGGCGCCAGUAUAGUGUCUGAGAAUUCAAUAAGACAAGAUCCUGAAGGGGCAGCAGCAACUGCUUCAACCAUUUUGGAAAGAAAAAUAAAAAAUCUUAAUGAAGAGAAUAUGGAGCUAAAUAAGAAACUUGAUUUGCUUAAGAGAUCUGAAUCUAUUAAGUCAAGUGGUGUUUCAGCACAUGAUCUUUCUAAAAAAAAUUCUGAGUUAGAAGUAAGAAUCGAAAUUUUAGAAAAAGAAAAUAAGGAGUUGAAAUUGAACACCAGCAAAGUUUUAAAAGAUGAUGGAAAAAUACACGAACUUGAACGUGCAAAAAACCUAUUAGUACAAGAAAAAGAGAACUUAAUUAAUGAGUUAAAUAAUGUAAAGGCAAAAAUUAUUGUUUUACAAAAAGACUAUCAAGAGGCAGUUUUACAACGUAAACAAACCAUGGAGGAGUUUAGUGAUCUUAAUGAAAAACUAGCAGAUGUCAGAUCUCAGAAAAUAAAGUUGGCUAGACUUGUUCGUGAAAAAGAAGAAGAAAUAGAAAAUUCAAUGAAUAAGUUAGAACAAACUCGAAAAGAAUGCAGAGCUGCAGAAAAGUCAAAACAUGAAUUGAUAGCCCAAGUUGAAGAAAUGAAAGUAGAUUUACAAAAGGAAGAAAAACUUAGAAUAAAAGCUGAUCUUUAUUGUCAGCAGCUGGAAGAGGAAAUUGAGUCACUGCAUCAUAAAGUUGUGCCUAAUUCCUCAAGGAGUGAUUCAAGCCAAGAAAUAAACAGAUUAAAAUCCGAACUUGAAAAAGUAAAAAAAGAAAAUGAAGAGGUUUUGACCAAAGAACGUAAGCAGCUAUCUAUUGAGUUAAAGGUUCUUGAAGAAAAGUAUAAUGAUAUGGUAAAAAACAAUGCAACACAUGAAGAGGAGAUAAAAUUGCUCAAGGAAAAGUUACAAAAAAAAAGGAAGGAAAGUGAAAGUGUUCAGCAAGAAGCUUUGAUUGAUUACAAGAAUGCAUCUCUUCGUAAUAGUAAUGUAUUAAAAAAUGAAAAUGAUCGGUUGUCUGCUCAAGUUAAAGAGUUAACAUCUCAACUUGAACAAAUUUCAAUGAACCAUAAAAAUUUAGAGGCAGAGCUUCGAUUAUCGUCUGAAAAGCAUAUGGACAUUGCUCAAUGGGAAGAACAAGUUGCAGAAAUAGUUCAAUGGGUGAGCGAUGAAAAAGAUGCACGUGGUUACUUACAAGCAUUGGCAUCAAGAAUGACGGAUGAACUUGAAAGCUUAAAAAACUCAACAGGAGGUGGAAAUAAGAAUUGGCAAGCAAGGCGUUCACAAAAGUUAGAUAAACAGGAACUUUUGUCGUUGCAAGCAAGUUUAAAUUUAGAGGUGCAAGCUAAACAACAACUGAAUGAUGAAUUAAUAAAAAUUAAGAAUUUGUAUAGUCAAACAGAAAGGCGCAACGAGGAGCUAGAAAAUCAACUCAAAACUCUUCAAAAAGAAUUAGAUCAUCUUCAUCAAGAAUCAAACACAAAUAAACUUGGAGGAAGUGGUUUCAGCUUCUCUUUUUUAAAUUUGUUGGCUCCUGAAGUUCUUACUCUACCUGAGGAUCUUCCAAAGAUCAAAGAAGAAGAAGAUCAGAAAAAUAUUGAAACCGUUGAAGUUGACACUGCAAUUCAAUCAGUUGCAUCUAUUAAAAGUAUUGAAAAGAAGGAAGAAAAAUCAGAUCACGAUCAUCAAUUUCUAACAAAGACUUUUAAUUCACCUACAAAGUGUCAUGUUUGUAUGUCAAUCAUGUUUGGAUUUUCAAGACAAGGAAAUUUAUGUGGAGCUUGCGGUUAUAACUGUCACAUGCAUUGUAUAAAAGAAGCUGUGAAGUCAUGUCCAGUUCCUCAACAUUUAUUAACAAACCAACCUCUUGGCAUUGAUCCAAACACGGGUGCAGGAACAGCUUAUGAAGGUCUGGUCAAGAUUCCAAAACCAGGAGGUAUUAAAAGAGGCUGGAUAAGAGCUUUUGCAGUUGUUUGUGAUUUCAAAGUUCUCUUUUAUGAAACUGUCAAUGAUAAAAUACCUACUAAUACAAUCCUAGAAGUAAUUGAUAUGAGAGAUGAAGAUUUUUCAGUGUCAAGUGUUCUUGUUUCUGAUGUCAUACAUGCAAAGAAAUCAGAUAUAAGCAAUAUUUUCAAGAUUUGUGUUGGGAAAUCAACAAAUGGUUUUAGUUAUGAACAACUUGUACUUUGUGAUAAAGAAGCUGACCACCAAAAGUGGAUUGGUACAUUACAGGAGUUAGCAAGGUUGUACAAUAAGUGUCAUGGUUCAGAACGCAAGAAUAAAUAUGUAACUCGUGACAUUGUUGAAAACAUACCUAUUUUACGAACUACUGUUUGUGCAGCUGUUAUAGAUACCACAAGAAUUGUAUGUGGUUCUGAAGAAGGACUUUAUUCCUACCAUCUUGGUAAAGAAUCUUUGACACGAAUUGAUGAGACUAAAAAAGUUGUGCAAAUAGAAAUGGUCCAUGCAGAUCAGUUACUUAUUGUUUUGUCAGGCAAACAACGCUACAUAAGUUUAUACUCUUUGUCAGUAGUAGAAGGUCUAGAAAUUGAGCCAAUAAAAAUACCUGACUCAAAGGGGGCCCUCUUUUUCACAGUGGGCAGUAUUCGUCAAAGUAGCUGUACAUGCUUAUGUGUGGCUCAAAAAAAAAGUGCUAUUCUUUAUGAACUAAACAGAACUAAGACACGUUAUCGCAAGAUGCGGGAUGUUCCAUUUAACUUUUCUUGUCAGUGGGUGGGAAUAUACAAUAACAAGUUAUUGGUUGGUUAUCCAUCAGGAUUUGUGAUGAUAGAUAUUCUAAAAGAAAGUCCUCCAAUCAAACUUAUCAAUAAUGAAGAUUCAUCUUUAAAGUUUAUGUCAUCUAUGCAUACAGAUGCAUUACUAGCAGCUGAAGUAUCUGCUGAUGAAUAUCUACUUUGCUUCAAAGAGUUAGCAUUCUAUGUUAAUAUAAAUGGUAUAAGAUCAAGACCUAAUGAGAUAGCUUAUCCUUCACCUGUAAAUUAUUUAGCAUUCUCCAAACCAUUUUUAUUAACAUAUACAGACCGUGGUGUUGAUAUUUUUGAAGUAACAACAUCGUCUUGGAUACAAACACUGCAAAUAUUGAAGGUAAUGCCAUUAUCAAUGAAUGGUAUGCUGAGCCUUUCAGCUACUCCAGAGCAUCAUGUCAUGGUGUACUUAAAAAGAGAAAAUAUUGAUGAGGAGUUGGCAAUUAAAACAAGUCUAGUAAAACGUCAAGUAGCCGCUAUAUAUCGAAUUAAAUCUACCACAAGAAAACGUUUGUCUGUUAAAACCAGAGACAGCUUAAAGGCAGAAGAAGCAGAUCUUGUAUCAAAACUCAUAUCAGGGCCAUCGAAUUUCAGCCAUGUGCAGCAUAUGGGUCCUGGAGAUGGCCUGCAAAUUCUUAAAGAAAUUCCAGUGGGUGAUGAAAAAUUACGAGUGCCGACAAUAUUCCGACCAUCUCGUCCUUUAAGUUCAUACCAGUCUUCGCCUCCAUCUGAGGACCAACUGAGAGCAAAUAUGAAUAGAUCUCGAUCGAUGGAUGGAAACGAUUUUUUAAAUGUUGAUCCUGAUAGUAUUUCAUCUAACUCUUCAACUAGCAACACAUCCGGGCAUGAAGAAGUAAAAUAAAUUCACCCUUUAGUUAAUUAAAUCACCAAUAGUAUGUCCGCACGGUCCUUAAUGUCUUUGCUCAUUUAAAUCAUAACCUUCUACACGAAAUGUUUCACCGAAUGAUAUUUAAAGAUUUCUUGCCCCGUUUUCAAGUAAUGAAGGCAUUAGGCGUUUUGUAACCACUAUAAUCUAGAGAAAAUUACGUGGGCAGUUAGACUGCCAGAAAAAGUGCGCAGCGUUUUUAUCUCACUAACUUUUAAAAGUGAAGUUUUCCAAUAAUCCAUACUAGUAGAACUUUUUACCAUUUUUCAAAAGUUUCAUGGAAUCUAAUUAAUAAUUUUACCAUUUUUUUAAUAACUAUUGUUUCUAUAACAACAUAUCCA